AUUUUAUUCGUUUUUAAAGGUUGUGAAUGUUAUUGAAUGAGAUUUCAAGAGAUGAUGAAUAACAAUCGUUUAUUAGUAUCAAUGAGAAAGAGCAAACACUUCAAACAUAAACUAAUUUGAAAUAACAAAUCAAGAUGUUGCCACCAAUAUAUUUAUCAAUGUCACUGAUAGUUUUGUCUGCAGCAAUUUUAAGUCAGUUUUAAUAUGCAAGAGCUUAAACAUUUCCUUUAUUUUUAGAGUUGCCUUUUUAAAAGAAUUAAUUAUUUACGGUAUUAUAUUUAAUAAAUUAUAUUUUAUAGAUUGGAAAUGCUUUAAUAAGUUUAAUGGGAAUUAUUAUAUAUUAUUUGGUUUAUUAGGCGAAUCAAACUAAACCAAUAAGAAAGCGUUAUUCGACUAGAUCAAUUCCACAUAAAGUCUUUUCAUUUUAGAUAUUUUUAAGUGGAGCAUUAUCACAUUUGGCUUUUUUAGCAUUUGCUUUACUUCCAAUUGAAUACAAAAAUCAAUCCAACUUUUUAUGUAUUUAAAUUAGAAAUGCUCUAUUUUCAUUAUAAUUUUAGAUACCGAAGACAGAGUCUUGUUAACUUUUUCAUUUAUAAUGAAUUUCUUUUUCACCAGCUAUUAUAUGUGUUAUAAGUAGAAUUCUUAAACAUCAAAACUUAGAAAUCAAUUAUAAGCAUUUUCUUUGAGUUAAUAAAUAAAAGCUGCCUUAUUUACAGUAAUUUGCUUUUUAUUUACAGCUUGUAUUAAAAUAGAUAAUUAACUUUUUAGUUAUAUCAGUAAAUUUCAUAAGUAUUUUUAUGGGAAUGCCAAUGGCUUAAGGAGAACCAAAUUUGAAUGAUGGUUUGAGUGCUUCUGAAGAUUUUAUAGCUAAUAUGGUUAGUGAGAUAUAUUCAACACUAUCAUAUAGUUUAUAUUUGAUGAAUUCCUUUUUUAUUGGAAUGUUUUAUUCUGACUUAUAGAAAGUAAGAGAAGUAUUUUGAUAGUAGAUAAAUUUGCUAAUGAGUGUUGAUUAAGAAAUGAUGGUAAAUAGGAAUGAAAAAUCAAAAUGAUUAAAAAUAAAUAAUGGUA